AUGAAUGUAAAUCAAUCAAUGCCAUCACCUCCCUGCUCUGUGCCUGAACAGCAGAACAUGCAUCAGCAGCAGUUCAAUCAACAACAAAUCAUGAUGACCAUACCGAGCCCAUCGACAAAUGGCUUGUUUGAGAACAACUCGCUAAGAAUUAUACCUCAAUUCAACAGUGACCCACAGCAGCAAAUACUGAAUGAUAUCAUGCCUGCUGGAUUUACUACUACUACCACCUCUACCUCAUCUACUCCGGCUACUGCUCCUGAUAGCAAUGAUAAUAUAAUCGCAGUUGACCAUCACAUGCAUCAGCAACAACAACAACAACAACAACAACAACAACAACAACAGAUCAUGGCUAAUUUAAUGCAUAAUCAGCAGCAGCAGCAGCAGCAGCGACAGCAACAACAACAAAUAUUACUGAGUAAUCACCAUCAUAUGAAUAUGAAUACAAAUGCUAAUAUCGAGUUGAAUUAUUCUGAAGCUCAGAAACAACAGCAGCAACAGCAGCAACAGCAGCAGCAUUUGCAGCAACAACAACAACAACAUCAUCAUCAUCAACUACAGCAGCAACAGUUGCAGCAUCAACAACAGUUACAGCAACAGCAACAGCAAUUACAGCAACAGCAAUUGCAACAGCAGCAACAGCUACAACAGCAUCCUUUGAUGUUUAUGUAUGACGGAAAUAAGUCAAUUGAGAAUACAUCAAGCAAUUCCAUGAUGACAUCCCCACAACAAGCACAGCCACCACAACAGUUGCAGCCAUCUCAUUUGCCUCCGCAACAACAGCUCGAACAACAACAGCCACUACCACUACCACCACCACAACUACCUCAGCCUCAGCCUGCAGUGCAACCACCAUCGCAGCAAGAGCAGCCUGCGCAGAUAGAUGCUAAGCAAUUUGAAGACAUGUCAAGAGAGCAAUUGAUUGCCAGAUUGGUUGUCCUCGAGAAUGAAAAGCAUGCAAACAUCACAGCAGACGACUCAAACGAGGAUGCUAACUCGCUCAAUUCGUGUGAUGAUAAUACCGAAGAGGAGAGUCUACUUUUAGCCGAGGAUGAAGAGGAUGAGACUACUGGCGCAUCUUCUGCUGCAACCACAAACAGCAACACGACUCCCGAAAUUGCAGAGCAACCUCGUAAAUGUCUUUGGGUGAAUUGUGGACAGACAUUUGAUGCUUUACAGAAAUUGAUAACGCAUAUUACGGAAUUUCAUGUUGGAGGCGGCAAGGCUACAUACAGAUGUGAAUGGGAGAACUGUGCUCGAAUUGAUAAGCCAUUUACAAAGCGACACAAAAUGUACAAUCAUCUUCGCACACAUACAGGUGAAAGGCCAUUUGCAUGUCCAAAACCAGAUUGCGAAAAGAAAUUUUCUAGACCUGAUUCAUUAACUACGCAUAUCAAGACACAUUCCAAUGUGAGACCAUUUGUGUGUAGCUUUAAAGGAUGUGGAAAGGCAUACUAUCAUUCCAGAUCGUUAAAGAAGCAUGAAAAGAUCCAUGAGGCGGCAGGGCAAUCCUCAUCAUCCCCUAUUUCUGUUGUUCCUGCUGCUGCUGCCGCCGCCGCCCCUCCACCACCAUCAUACGAGGAGGUUGUCAUGGUAACCAACAGCAACUUUGACCCUAUGCAAGCACAAUUAUUGCAACAGCAACAACAACAACAACAACAACAACAACAACAGCAGCAGCAGCAGCAGCAGCAGCAGCAAUUGGCUUCAAUGACAUUUGAUGCAAACAUGUCCUAUUACCAAUCACCUCAACAGCCACCUUCAUUAAACACAACACCUACACCGACUAAUACAGCAUCCUUCAACCCAACAACCCCUGUUAAUUUCAACUUCCCUACUACACCAGUGACAGCUUCGACGCCAACAACUGCUGUCAAUACGAACCAUGAAUUUGUUAUUGUCAACAAUAAUAUGAUUCAAAAUUAUAUGGGAUCAUCUCCACUUCCAGGUGAUCAUUAG